AUGCCCUCCGAGACAGAACCUCUCCUCCCUCGCUAUGAGGAUGACACCUCCCGUCAGCGACGCCUCCACCAGAAGCUCCACAGCUACCAGAUGAUCCGCGCCAUCUCCGAGGGAUACAUGCCAACAACAGAACAAACAAUCGCAAACCUGCGCACCUUCCUAGCUUCCGACGUGCUAAAUCUCCGAAAUCAAGACAUUGGUAGUGUCGGUCGCCAGCUAGUGCGCGAUACCAGAUUGUGGAUCCAGGUCUUCAUUGAGUUCCUGCAGCAGAAGAACCACGAAGACCAGCUCCAGGAGUUUCUAUGGCGUUUGGCCCGCUCCCGUGUCCAUCUAGAUAGCGACCGGGUUUCCAGGCAGGCUGCCCACGUGAAAGCCCGGGCUGAUACUAAAGCUGCAUAUGACAGCUUCCGCACCGUCGGCAGUCUGCUGUUGACCAAUGCCGACUUCCGUCUUUUCGUGGAUGAUAUCGUUACCGUCGGACGCCAGAUCUUCGCUGAUACCGCCGAGUCCCUUGCCGAGUCUUCUAAGCGUGUGGCGAAACAGGUCCAGCCAUCCGCGGAAGAAGAAUCCGCCUUACAAGGAGCUGGGGCUGAUGAAGGUCAUGAGCUCUCGAAAGAUGAGUUGAGGGAGGAAGUUGCCCAUGUAGCAGAUGCUGCUAGUGAAGGGAUUGCCCGUACGGGAAAUGAUGCUGUACAGAGUGCCAAAGAGCACCUGUCCGGUCGAGAGAGGGAUACUCUACUGUUCCGACUAAAGCAAGCUGUUACAAAGCUCCGCGAGAGAACAGACUACUCCGACUCGAUUGCGACACUUGCUCAAUUGCUGCAACGAUACGCCAAGAUCUACGCCGAUGUAGCGGAGAAUACUUCUUCUUUCGCCCAAGAAGAUUUGGAAGUUAAUGCUGACCUUAAGCGUGCGGUCGAUGAAUUUUGGAAGGUACUGCGGUCUUUUGGGAGUGCAGAAGAAUGGGAUCGGCUUCAAGAGAAAUUCCACGAUGUCCUACGCCAUGCCAACAAAGAUCCCGAGUUUGAUACAUUACUGGGAGAGGCAGGUAACUCACUCCAAAAUAUGCUCACCGAUCCCGAGUUCUUUGAUUCGGCACCACAGAAGCUCGAUGAACUCAAACAACAGUCCGAGAAGGUAGGCUCGGAGACGAGUCUGCGCAAGGACGUAGAUGACUUUUUGGCCCAGACCAAGCGGACAAUGCGGACUGUGCCGGAGGACCCUGCUGUGUUUAAGUUAAUUAAUGCCACGAAGAAAGUCUACCAGCACGCAUGGACUGCUUACAACGACAACAAGGCAGACCUCCCAGCAGACCUGGUGAAUGUCUUCCUCCCCGUCCUCCUACGCACGAUUCAAUACAUCCCAAUUCCACGUCUGGAGAUAUCAGCUCCAGAAAUGGACCUCCUCCUCGAGAAUCUUAUUCUCGAGCCCGGACACACAGUCAACUUCUCUUCUUUCCUCCCUUACCGAUUGCACAUUGUCACGCGCAACGAUAUUGACGUGAUAAAAACUCACUCCAAGCGCACGGAAACACUCAUGAAAACAGCUUUUACAGUCACCGUUCAAGGCCUGAAUAUCAGCGCCGAGGACUUUGGCUUCUGGUUCCGUACUCACCCAGGUCAUUUCUUCCACUUCAAAGACGAAGGCAUAGCUAGCUUCUAUCUCGACCGCCGUGGUAUCGACAUAUCUUUAGAUAUCGAAGUCGGCCGUGGAAAUCUAGAGCAGAUAUUCUCGCUGCGUGGCGUCCGUGUGGUCAUCCACAAACUCGACUACACUGUAAAGCGCAGCAAGUGGAAGUUCCUUCUCUGGCUGACCAAGCCACUCCUCAAACAUCUGGUCCGCCGCGUACUGGAGAAGAAGAUUGCCGAACAGAUUGUUGCUGCGGCGUUCGCAUUGAAUCGCGAAUUGGUCUUUGCUCGUGAGCGCCUUCGUGCCGCUCGCAUCGCGAACCCGCAGGACCUAGCCACUUUCGUGAGAGCUGUUCUUGCUCGUCUUAAGCCUGCAGACUCCGAUAUUGAAACAAGAAUUGGUCUUCAGCCAUUGAAAGAUGGUGCUUUCAAGGGCGUUUAUGCUCCUGGCAGUAUUGUUAAGACGUGGCAAGAGGAAGCUACCCGUGCACAGGAGGUUAUUGAGGAUGGAGAUGAGACUCAUGGGCUUGGCCAUACCUGGCAGAAUGAUAUCUUCAAUGUUGCUGGACGACACUGA